GAAAUAAACAACAAUCGCCAUGAAAUUCUUCAUUGUCUUGGUUGCCGCUUUGGCUUUGGCUGCCCCAGCCAUGGGUAAGACUUUCACCCGCUGCUCUUUGGCCCGUGAAAUGUACUCUUUGGGUGUACCCAAAUCCGAAUUGCCCCAAUGGACCUGCAUUGCUGAACACGAGUCGUCGUACCGUACCAAUGUUGUUGGUCCCACCAACUCCAACGGUUCCAACGAUUACGGUAUCUUCCAAAUCAACAACUACUACUGGUGUCAACCAUCCAACGGCCGUUUCUCCUACAACGAAUGCAAGUUGUCCUGUGACGCUUUGUUGACCGAUAACAUUAAGGAUUCCGUCACCUGUGCCCGCAAGAUCAAAUCUCAACAAGGCUGGACUGCCUGGUCUACCUGGAAAUACUGCAGCGGUUCUUUGCCAAGCAUCAACGAUUGUUUCUAAAUUGUUGGCGAUU